AUCCUCAACCGGAUGUGGAUGAAGUGAAAGAACACAACAGCGAAGUCGCGCCGUCGAAGUUGAAGAAAUAGAAAUAGACUGUCAUCAUGAAUCCAUUAACGAACAUAAAGAAUGUACAGAAGAUGAAUGAGAGAGAACUUGAACUAGGAUUGAUAGGCAAGAAGUCCUGGCAUGACCAGUACAAAGACAGUGCCUGGGUCUUUAUUGGUGGACUGCCGUAUGACCUGACGGAGGGAGAUGUUAUUGCAGUAUUUUCACAAUAUGGAGAAUUAGUGAAUAUCAACUUGGUUAGAGAUGGCAAAACAGGGAAAUCUCGAGGAUUCUGUUUUCUGUGUUACGAAGAUCAAAGGAGCACUGUGUUGGCUGUAGAUAACCUGAAUGGGAUUAAGCUCCUCGGUAGAACCAUUCGUGUUGACCAUGUGGAGAAAUACAAAGUCCCCAAAGAACAUGAUGAUGAGGACGAAAUGACAAAGAGGCUGAGGAUGGAGGGAAUAGCCCCCAAAAUGGAGGAGGAGGGGAAGGACAGUGCCUCUGAGGAGGAUUAUCUCAUUCCUGUAAAGAAACACAAGAAAGAUAAAAAAGCAAAGAAGAAAAAAAAGAAAAUGAAGACAAAGAAACACAAAGAAAAACAUGAGAGUGAAAGUGAAGAUUCUGAAAAAAGAAAAAGUGAUCAAUCUCCAAAAUCAAAGAAAUUACACAGUGAAAAACAGACAAAAGAAAAGAGACAGCAGCAAUGGACAGAGGGGGGGAACGAGGGGAGUAGAGACUACGAAGUUAGGGACAACGAGAGGAGUAGAGACUACCAAGCUAGGGACAACGAGAGGAGUAGAGAGUCUGUCAGGGGUAGAGAUAUCAGACACUCUCCUGACAGAAUCAGGAAUGAUAGGUACAGGGACAGAUCGCCACGAGAUAGAGAUUAUUCUCCGAGACGCAGGGACAGGGACUCGCCCAAGAGACCAGGUCAGUUCUCUUCAGACAGAAGAGAUAGAAAUCAGGAUUAUUCUCCAAAGAUUCGAUAUCGAGACCCUUCUCCCAGAAGGAGAAACAAAGAUUCUCCGUCUCCACAGAGAAGAGACAAAUUUCCCCGGGAUAGAUACAGGGAUGGUGACAGAGAUAGGCGGAGAUGAGAUACGUAGUUAGUGAGAAACAGUAGAUCUCAAAGUGACAAGAGGAGGAUCCAAGAGGGGAGGAUACGGGGAGAAAAAGCGGGCCUAAUUCAGGGAGAAAACAGUCAAUGUGUCUGUGGAGUUUAACAUUGAGUUGCAGGUGUCGUGGAGUUUAACAUUGAGUUGCAGGUGUCUGUGCAGUUUAACAUUGAGUUGCAGGUGUCUGUAGAGUAUGGUAUCCAGUUCCAUGUGAUUGUGGAAUAUUAUGCAUGUAUUCCUUCAGUUCGACUUGGGAGUUAAGUUAGGAAAUGAAUUGCAUUAAAUUACAGUUGCAGACAUUUCAUCAAA